GCAGAAACGCGAAAGUUUCAACGGCAGCGUUACGAUGGUCCGCAAAUUAAAGUAUCACGAACGAAAAUUGCUAAAGAAAGUCGACUUUAUUAACUGGGAAUGUGACAACAACUUACAUGAAGUUAAGAUUAUGCGACUAUUUCACAUCCAGAAACGCGAAGACUACACACUGUGAGCCUUGAUUAAAAUAUUUAUCAGUCUUCAGUAAUAAGGAUAGAAGGUCUAGUGACCUAUUUUAAUCCUUGCAGUUUGUUACACUGUGGAGGUCCAAUCUCGUCUUGAAUAUAUCAACAGAAGGUGCUGAUAUUACGUGUUCUGGUAGAGAAUUCCAGUAAUUCACUACUCGGUGCAAGAAACGAAACUCCAGACGUAGACGAUUUGAUCUCGGUUUUUGGACUUUCUUUGAAUGUCCUCUCAAAUGCUCAGCCCUAGACAGGAGGAAAAGAUAGGACAUGUUAGUACCAAGGUCAUCGUUCAGGAUACGAUAUGCCAAUAUUAGAUCACCCCGUAUUCGCCGUUACAACAAACUCUCUCGAAAAAUCAGAGAAAUUGCGGAAAAACUUAAGAAUAUCGAUGAAAAUGAUCCUUGGAGAGCAGAAAUGACUGAACUGCUGACAGCAAAGUUACACAAUUUGGGUUUGAUACCAACAAGAAGAAGUCUUAUGUUAGCGUCAAAGGUCAAUGCUUCUUCAUUUUGUCGAAGGCGGCUUUCAGUUAUUGUAAUGCGUUCAAAAAUGGCAGAAACAAUGAAAGCAGCUGUGACGUUUGUUGAGCAAGGACAUGUUCGUGUGGGCCCAGAUAUCAUACGAGACCCAGCAUACCUGGUUACAAGAUCUAUGGAAGACUACAUAACUUGGGGAUCUCGAUCGAAGAUUCGUAAACGGAUUGAGGAUUAUAAUGGAUUGCGAGAUGAUUAUGAUGAUGUGUGACAAAUUGAAAGCAUAUAAUACUAUACAUAAAUCAUUCUGACUACAAAUUACAUAUUUUCUUAAAAUAUAUAGUUGAAAUUAUUCCUUCGGAAAUUCUUGAGUUUACUGCAGAUUCAAGACAAGUUCGCUUUUUCGAUCUCUCAAGUAAAUCGCCUGGUGGGAACUAUUCGAACUUUAUAAAUUAGGAUCGUGAAGUUAUGAUCAUUUGUAGACUAUAUCUACACUGUUUAGAUAAUAUCUACGAAUAGAUCUAAAGAAUCCUAAUUAAACAUCAACGUGGUAAUUUUUAGGCGUUGGUGGUCUCCCAAAGUUUUGCAUAACCUGAAUAGUAGAAUUUUGGACGUAAGGAAUACAAAGGUCUUAUGGCCAUCCGACAAAAGUAUCUACACAUUGUCACUCAAAUCUGUCAAUUUUCGUGGACUCUUGGACUUCUGUAAUUUUUAUGGUGUAGUGUAGGUGUCCAUAAUAUAAUGAACGACAUAUUUUACAGAUUUAACCCGUUAAAUCGUUUUUUGGAUCAAAUGAAUAAUGUCUCUCAUAAUUUAUAAGUUCGGAAA